GAAGCAUACCUUGUGGCAAGCAACAUCAGACUUUACCGGUGGACAAGCCAGCAUUCAUAGGCGACACUUUAUGCAAUGCCCUCAAGGUUUGUUAGGGAGGCAUUUUGAGAAGCUCAUACAGUGUGAUCCCCGUCUCAAUUUUCUGAGCCAACAGCAGGAUUUCGUGUUGGAGUCUCCUUAUUUUGAGACUGGAACUGCAAUUCACGACCGCAUUGAAACCAAUGAUGGUUUUGAUUCAAAAAGUGAAGGUCAUGCUGGGAUUUUUGGAUUGCAGGAUGUGGAAUCGGGAUCUGCAGGUCAAUCAUCUUCUUCCAGAAGUGAACAUAAUCUUAUGGGUGAAGUUGUUGAAAAUAAUUUCCAAGAAAUCACCUCACCUAGCUCAGUGAUGAACCCUCAUGCAAUCAGAGGUUUCAAGAGCAGAGGAGCUGAAUCAUUGAAGUUUCUCAGCAAUUUGGAUCAGAUCAAGUUUCCUGGUCUUUACCCUUCUAUGUCGAUUGAAGAUUUGGUUAAUCACAUUGGACACUGCAUUACAGAACAUAUGGGACCUGAAAACUCCAGCUUCGCUAGUGAUAGAGCAAAGUUGGAGGAAUUCACACAAUAUUUAUUCAACGACUCUCAAAUCCAACCAGCCUCUGAUGAACAGAAUGUCAUGUCAAGGGUGAACUCCUUCUACAACCUUCUUCAGAAAGACCCUAACAGCCAUCCAAAACUGAGUUCAAAACCAAAGCCAUGUAAGAACCGAAAUUACUCAUGUUUUCACCAAGUUCACUGCAGUAAAAACAUAGCAAUUAGCAAGGCGUCAGAAAUUCAAAAAAUGCCCAAAAGAGAGUUGAGACAAAAUUCAAAGAAAAAGCAUAGGUUCACGUUACCUUUUCCAAAUCCAAGCAUCAAAGAGGCAGACCAAAAUUCUGAGCACCGAAAGGAUUUGGCAGAGACGCCCCUUCUGGAUCUCCAUAGACCAAUUUGA